AUGGAGAAAGUUAUCCCGACGGCCGCUUUGGCAUUUACGAUUUACAUUCUGUGCCUGUUGGGAUACCGCCUUACCUUGCAUCCACUGACCAAGUUUCCUGGCCCAUUGAUUGCUAAGCUCACCAACGGUUUCGGUGGGUUUUAUGCUCUGCGGAAAGAUAUUCAUCUCAAAAUAUAUGAAGACCACAUGACAUAUGGACAUGCCAUGCGCUAUGGCCCUGACCGUCUGAUUUUCAACACGGAAACAAUCUACAACAGCGACAGAGUCACCAAGUCACAUGUAUAUCGAGCUGCCCAACAGCACCCAGAUCAAUACAACAUCUUCAAUGUUAGAGACCGUGGUAUGCAUCGCGCUAAGAGAAGACUCAUCGGUCAAGUUGUCAGCGAAAAGAGCAUGCGCAGCUUUGAGCCCGUCAUGCUCCAGCAGAUUGAUGUCUUGCUACUGAAGCUGAUGAAGGCAUCUGCUUCCUCGGUGCCAGUCAAUAUAACUCCCGCCGUGCGCCAGCUGGGGAUCGACAUCGUGGGGCACCUUGGAUUCGGCUAUGAUCUCAAAAUGCAGACGGAAGAGACCAAUCACUGGCUGAUGAAAGCAUUCUAUCUGGGUGAUUGGCGCAUCAACGUUUGCAUGCAGUGGCCGCUCCUGACUUGGAUCCGACCAGAAGUGAUCAGUGGCCUGAUGCCCAACAGUAUUCGUGCUCGCCUUUUUGACCUCCUUGACACUAUGAUCAAGGCACGAUUGUCUCAAAAGAUUGAUUCCAAGCACGACUUGUUGGGUGUCAUCGCAGGUUCAAUGGGCGAUGACUUCAAAUCUCUGCGACAGCAAGAACUAUGGACCGAAGCUCUUUUCUUCUUCCCAGCAGGCGGCGAGACAACGGCCACCGCGAUUUCAGCCGCAUUUUUCUACUUAUCUCGUAACCGAGAAUGCUACGACAAGCUUGCUGAAGAGAUAAGAUCCUCCUUUGCAUCGGGGUCUGAGAUCCGUCAAGGUCCCCAGCUGGCAAGUUGCCGAUAUCUCCGUGCCGUUAUCGACGAAAGCCUGCGAAUGUGCCCCUCUGUUCCAGGUGUUCUGUGGCGCGAACUUGUCAACGGCGACGAUGGAACGGACCCGUUCAUCGUGGAUGGACACGUCAUUCCCAAGGGUACGCAAUUCGGCGUCAACAUCUUCAGCCUCCAUCACAACGAGGAGAUCUUCCCUAAGCCAUUUGAGUUUCGCCCGGAGAGAUGGCUAGAGGCCAAAGACGAAGAAGCUCGCAAGAUCAUGGACCGUGGCUUUGCGGCUUUUUCAACCGGCUCAAGGGGCUGUGCCGGAAAGCCAAUGGGGUAUCUCGAAUGCAGCCUUGUGUUGGCCAAGACUCUGUGGUAUUUCGACUUUGAAAAGGCCAGUGAUCUGGGUGGCGGUGUUCCCGGGCUACCGGGCAUCAGGGGAAGAACAAAUCUUUUCCAGGUGGACGAUACCUUUGCCGCAACUCAUAACGGGCCCAAUCUCAAGUUUAUCCCUCGCCCGGAGGCUAGUCACGAGCUAAAUUGA